CACAGGGGCAGCAUGAUUUUUGGCAGCAGGUCACCAGCUCAGCCCCUUAAUCCAAUAACAGAGGUAGAGGGGGUGACACAGGGUGCUUGUGUAAGAGUAGAGGAAUGUAUAGCUUGCAAGGGAAGGACCUGCCUUCUUAGAGGAGGAGAGGAAGGGUGGGUGCUUGGAGAUCACACAAGGAGCAGUAUUGGUUUGUAGACAAACCCUUUUCUUUUUUUUUUCCUCCUGGGGGGGAGGGGGUUGGGGGACCUUUUACCUUGUGUGUGGGAGCCCCACAUCCCAUCUCACGUGUGCUCCUUGGAAGUCCCAGCAAUGCAUUGGCAGCACUGAUGGUCAUUCCAGCACUGCUUCUUUCUAUUGGAGAGCAUCGUUACAUCUUGUUUCAGGACCACUUCUGGUGGACAGCUCCUUCCAUCCGCACCAGUCUGCCAGCGUUCCCUGGACCAUUCCCAUCCUUAGGAUCCCUUCACCUACCUUUGGACCUCUAAGGACUACUAUGCAUCCUGACACUGUCUACAGGCAGCACUUCUUACAUAUGUAAAGCCCCCCCUAACUGCUGCAGGAAAAGGGGGGCAACUCCAUCUUCACCCCCUUCUACACAGGAUGGUCACUGAAGACUCCUGUCUAUAAAUUCAAACGCCGAACUUUGAUGCUGCUUUCUGCUCAUGAACAGUACUGCAAAACAUCAUGGCCUCGACACCAUAAAUUGUCAUACAGAACGUCUGACUAUAGAAGUGUGGAGACUGCUUUGAAAGAAGAAUUAUCUAGGAUUUCAAAACCUCACCAUGGAUAUGCCAAAGCUUACAAUUAUGGUGUGCACGUUUAUACUUCUUAAUACUUGGACAUGUUGGUCCAAACCAAAGGGUUCGCCACAUAUGAAUUCUGUGAGGAUAGAUGGAGACCUCAUUCUGGGUGGUCUUUUUCCAGUACAUGGAAGGGGAAGUGAUGGCAGAGCCUGUGGAGAACUUAAGAAGGAGAAAGGAAUACAUCGCUUAGAAGCAAUGCUGUAUGCUCUUGAUCGUAUCAAUGCGGAUCCUGACCUCCUGCCCAAUAUCACAUUAGGUGCUAGAAUUUUGGACACCUGCUCCCGAGAUACACAUGCUCUUGAGCAGUCCCUAAGCUUUGUUCAGCCACUUAUCGAUAAAGACCGAGCAGAAGUGCGAUGUCUCAGUGGUGGGAACCCUAUUAUUGCUCAGCCUGAGAGAGUAGUGGGAGUGAUUGGAGCAUCUUCAAGUUCAGUCUCCAUUAUGGUGGCCAAUAUAUUGAGACUCUUCAAAAUUCCACAAAUUAGUUAUGCCUCCACUGCUCCAGAUCUAAGUGACAACAGUCGAUAUGACUUUUUUUCUCGAGUGGUUCCAUCAGACACUUAUCAGGCUCAGGCCAUGGUGGAUAUUGUGAAAGCUCUGAAAUGGAGUUAUGUGUCCACACUAGCAUCUGAAGGCAGCUAUGGGGAAAGCGGAGUGGAAGCUUUUAUCCAGAAGUCCAGAGAAGAUGGAAGCUUGUGUGUAGCACAAUCAGUUAAAAUCCCACGAGAGCCAAAAGCGGGAGAAUUUGAUAAGAUAAUUCGGCGCCUACUGGAGACAUCCAAUGCUCGUGCUGUCAUCAUCUUUGCCAGUGAAGACGAUAUCAGACGAGUGCUUGCAGCCGCAAAAAGAGCGAAUCAGACAGGACACUUUAUGUGGGUUGGCUCUGACAGUUGGGGUUCUAAGAUCUCACCAGUUUUGCAGCAAGAGGAAGUGGCAGAAGGAGCCAUCACGAUACUGCCAAGACGGGCAUCAGUCAGAGGGUUUGACAGAUACUUUACAAGUCGGACACUGGAUAACAACAGAAGGAAUGUCUGGUUCGCAGAGUUUUGGGAAGACAAUUUUCACUGCAGAUUGAGUCGAAAUGCAUUGCGCAGGGGUGGUCAUGGAAAGAAGUGUACAAAUCAGGAGCGAAUCGGUGUGGGGUCUUCCUAUGAGCAAGAGGGGAAAGUACAAUUUGUUAUAGAUGCAGUAUAUGCAAUGGCUCAUGCUCUUCACAAUAUACACAAGACUGUCUGUCCUGGCAGUGUCGGACUUUGCAGUCGUAUGGACCCAAUUGAUGGAACUGACCUCCUAAAACACAUUCGUAAUGUUAACUUUACAGGUAUUGCUGGCACACCAGUGACAUUUAAUGAAAAUGGUGAUGCGCCAGGUCGUUAUGAGAUCUACCAAUAUCAAAUGCACAAUGGAACCCCUGAAUACAGAGUGAUUGGACAGUGGGCAGAUCAUCUCCACCUUAAAAUUGAUCGUAUGCACUAUCCAGGCACCCCUAUUUCCUCUUCCAGCUUCCCUCAGCUUCCACCUUCUGUCUGCAGCCAACCUUGCCUGCCAGGUGAAAGGAAGAAAGUAGUGAAAGGAAUGCCCUGCUGUUGGCAUUGUGAAAAAUGUGAAGGUUAUCAGUACCAGCUUGAUGCCUACACCUGCAAGAGAUGCCCAAUCCACAUGAGACCAAAUGAAAACCACACAUUUUGCACUACCAUUCCAGUCAUCAAGCUCGAGUGGAGUUCUCCUUGGGCUGUUGUGCCUGUCCUUCUUGCUGUGUUAGGCAUUUUGGCAACUUUAGUAGUUAUGGGCACCUUUAUGCGGUAUAAUGACACGCCUAUUGUUAAGGCAUCUGGUCGAGAACUAAGUUAUGUCCUCCUCACUGGCAUCUUUUUGUGCUAUGUCAACACGUUCAUUAUGGUGGGCCAGCCAGGAUAUGGAACCUGCUCGCUGAGAAGGGUCUUUCUUGGACUGGGAAUGAGUAUUAGUUAUGCUGCUCUGCUUACUAAAACAAAUCGUAUUUACCGUAUUUUUGAGCAGGGUAAAAAAUCAGUCAGUGCUCCGCGAUAUAUCAGCCCAUCUUCUCAGUUGGUGAUCACUGCCAGUCUUUCUUCUGUCCAGUUGCUGGGAGUGCUUGUAUGGUUUUUUGUGGACCCAUCCCGGCCUGUUGUAGACUAUGAAAACCAGCGAACGCCAGAUCCGCAGCAGGCACGAGGAGUGCUCAAAUGUGACAUAUCAGACCUUUCCCUUAUUUGCCUUUUGGGUUACAGCAUGCUUCUUAUGGUUACCUGCACUGUUUAUGCUAUCAAAACCCGUGGGGUUCCUGAGACUUUUAAUGAGGCAAAGCCAAUUGGUUUUACCAUGUAUACAACCUGCAUUGUGUGGUUGGCCUUCAUCCCAAUUUUCUUUGGCACUGCGCAGUCUGCUGAGAAGAUGCAUAUCCAGACCACAACACUGACCAUUUCAGUGAGUUUGAGUGCCUCGGUAUCCUUAGGUAUGCUGUACAUGCCCAAGGUCUACGUUAUCCUUUUCCAUCCAGAACUGAAUGUCCCCAAACGUAAAAGAAGCCUCAAGGCGGUCGUUACUGCAGCCACAAUGAGCAACAAGUUUACCCAAAAGGGAGGCUACAGACCCAACGGAGAGGCCAAGACUGAGCUAUGUGAAAGCAUGGAGACACAAGCUCUGGCCAGUAAACCAACAUAUGUCAGCUACAGUAACCACGCUAUAUAGGCAGCACUGUUUGAAAAUGCCGUUGAACAUUGGGAGGGGCCAAACAAAUGGUCACACCAGAUGCUGCUCCCUUACCGAAAACCGGGAUCAGUCAGGAGGACUAGUUAACCCGUCGUGAGGCGGAGAAGCGCGUCUGGCGCAGACGGGAGAAAAAAUAUAACAGGCAAGCAACACACCUAGGCCCACUGAAUUCCCACAAAAGGAUCAGGAAACACAUUAUAACUUGUUAUUGUUGUCCAGCUCAAAUUCAAAUUCUUAACUUUUUGAUUUUUAAAUAGUUUUUUUUUAAACACAUGAUUUUUUGCAUUUUAUGUUUGUGUUCCUCAGACGCACAAUUUUUUCAAGGUGUGUCAGCUUUAUUGCAUUUCAGUAUUUUUUUUAUUAUUAUUAUUUACUACUUACUGCUAAAGUCAAAACAAGUUAUUUUGAUGUUCCCUGUUGUGCUGUUUAAUUCUAAAUUUUUAUUGUUGUGCCCUGAUUGUUUUAAACAAAUAUGUUACUUUAAAUGAGUCUUGUGCUUUAAAAAACUGUACCCCAUCAUUUGCCUGAGUACCUGUAAAAACUGUUUAAAUUACAUGAAUUAUACAUGAUUCCAAAAUGCAUUUAAUACAUUGCCAUUAAUUGUCCCAUUUGAUACAAAUCAAAAUUAUUGCCUGAAAACUGCUUGUGAUGUUUCACUAAAUUUUCAUGCCAUGAUUCAGUUGAUUCAUUUUUACUGCCAUUAUAAUACACAGUACCAUACUAUCAUUCCAUAUGGACACAAAUACACCUUCAGCAUGAUAUAAUGUGUUUUAAUACAUCAUGAUCUGUCAACUAUCCGAAUUACCUAAUUUUAAGUUGUCACAUAAAAAUUAACCAAACAAGACUGACAUAAAAAUAAUAACACUUUACCCCCAUUUGUGUAGCUAUUUAAUAUGUCCCGUGUUUAUUUUUUGCUUUCAUGUUGCUUUUUUGUUGCUUUAUUUUGAUUUGUGUAUUUUAUUCUCCUAUUCUCCUUGAACAGAAAGAUGAUUUAUUCAAGAGUAUAUAUGUCAAACAACAGAUAAUUUUAUAAGAAAGUACCAAUUUUAUGACACUUUCAAAAUAGAUUUAUACAGUAUAUGAUGUGAAAUAAAAGAAAUGUAUAAAAAAUAAAUAAAGUAAAAAAAUAAAAAAAAUAAGAAAAGACUCAAAAGAUUUAGGUGAUUUUGAUCAAUUAAAAGGAAAAAAGCAUGUUAUGAACUUAUGUUGCAAAGAGAGAAAGCCUACAUCUGAUGCUCUCUUUAAUCACCAGAAACCAAUUAGGAACAUAUUACAUAAAAUGAUCAUACACAGAGACCGAAUGCUUGUGAAAUAGUAACUUUUUCAUAUUUUUUUCAAAUGGGCCACAUUAUCCCUUGGCAGGGUGAUGAAUUCAUAAACAGAAUUAUUCAGGAGAUAUGUUCGGUAGAAUACAGGACUUGCUAUUUUUUCUGUAAAUUAAGUGACUGCACAUUUUCGUGUUGAUUCUUUUGUGCCAUCAGCUUUCUUUUAACAGUCAGGUUCCAAGUAAUUCCCCUCAGCAAACAACUACAGAAGUCUCCCCUCACAAGAUUAUUAUUACUGUUGCACAUGCAUUUGGACUCUUUCAGGGGCAUCACAGAUAUACUGCUUUAAAUUUGUGCCUUUGUAGUAUAAUGUACCCCGUAUACAUUCAUUAAAAAAAAUCUAAUGCUACAAAGCAGAUUUUGUUUACAAAGAUAACCAAGUUUCAUUAAAUUUCUGGUUGGUGUCUGUUCCCAGAAUUUGCCCCUCCCAUGAUCAGUUUGCAAUGUGUCUGUUAUGAGAGUCAAAAGUUUCCCCUUCACCCAUCACUCCAUGCAAACCUUGCGCGGUGCCUGCCUUUAUGCAAAAUUAUGUGUGCAUGAAAAUCACUGAGAGUCUUGAAAAAAAUGUCUUUUUUUCUACCUGAGUGUUUCUAAUAAAAGGUAAAAAACA